GUGGUCGGGACUUGUAGCUGCUGCUUCUUUAGGACGUCAUUUGGCUGUAGCGAUGUUUGUGUGGAUCCGCGCGUCUAGGUUGAACGCUGUGGAGAGGCCGCUCCCAGAAGGGUCUUCCAGACUGAGCGAAGGACAGUGAGGACGAUAGGACCUAAAUCCACGGUUUUAUAUGAGCUCGACAGACCCUGUAACGGGGCUGUCCCCCUAGCCUGUCCGGCGCCUCGGCACUAGCCCUUCGUUCCCGAGGCACUCUCUGGGGACCCUGUUGAGGCUUUACACAGCGGACACCGAGGUCCCUGGUCACCCGGCCCAGGGCUGGGGUGAGGGGUCGGCUGAGCCCGCUGGACGCGGUAGAGUCGCUGUUUCUCGCGGUCUCGCUCGGUCCGUGGGCCUCAUGGCGGCGCCGGCGCUGGCUUUGGUGUCCUUCCAAGACGUGGCCGUGACCUUCACUGGGGAAGAAUGGAGACAUCUGGACCUGGCCCAGAGGACCUUAUAUCGGGAAGUGAUGUUGGAGACUUGUGGGCUCCUGGUCUCACUGGGGAGUCCUGUUCCCAAAGCAGAGCUGAUCUCCCUAGUGGAGCAGGGGCAGGAACUGUGGACAGUGACGAGAGGCCUCUCCAAAAGCACGUAUACAGGUGAAAAAGCAAAACCUGAGACCACAGAGCUUACUGCUUCUCAGCUCGCCUUCACUGAGGAAGCCCCCUUUGAGGAACAAGUGACCCAGGGAGUCUCAAGGGAUUCCAGGUUGGGGCAAGCAAGGGAUCAGGAGAAGCUAUCAGAAGUGCAGGAAGCGAACUUGAGGCCAGGGGCGGACCCCCACAAGGAGACAUGCCCUAGGAAGCUGACCCAUAAACGUGAUGAUUUGGAGACCGGUGAUCGUUUGUGUUUCACGGUUUUGCAGGAGCGAGUCACUACACAAGGUGAUCUACGUGAACAUGAGCAAGGACCAGGCAAAGACCCUGUGAUAGAGGCAAGGAAUAGCCUGUAUAAAUGCAAAGAAUGUGGGAAAAGGUUUAGCAAGAAUUGGGCUCUUGUUCGGCAUCAGCAGAUUCAUGCCGGAGUGAAGCCCUUUAAAUGCAGUGAAUGUGGGAAAGCCUGUCGUUAUAUGGCAGACUUCAUUCGACACAUGAGGUUUCAUACUGGGGAAAAACCAUACAAGUGUGUUGAGUGUGGGAAGGCGUUCAAACGCAGGUCUCACCUCACAGAGCACCAGCGCAUUCACACUGGAGAUAAGCCCUAUGAGUGCAAAGAAUGUGGUAAAACUUUCACCCACCGCUCUUCUUUUAACCAACAUAAUAUGACCCACACUAGGGAAAAGCCCUUUUUGUGCAAAGAAUGUGGAAAAGCUUUUUACUACAGCUCUUCUUUUGCUCAACACAUGAGGAUUCACACCGGAAAGAAACUCUAUGAGUGCAGUGAAUGUGGAAAGGCCUUCACUCACCGCUCCACUUUUAUCCAGCACAAUAUGACCCACACCGGAGAAAAGCCCUUCUUGUGCAAAGAAUGUGGAAAAGCCUUUUGCCUCAGCUCAUCCUUCACUCAGCACAUGAGGAUUCACACUGGAGAGAAACCCUACGAGUGCGACGACUGUGGAAAGGCCUUCACUCACCGCUCUACUUUUAUCCGGCACAAGAGGACUCAUACCGGAGAGAAGCCCUUUGAAUGCAAGGAAUGUGGGAAAACCUUCUGCGACAGCUCUUCCUUAAUCCAACACAUAAGGAUUCACACUGGCGAGAGGCCCUAUAAGUGCAGUGAUUGUGGAAAAGCCUUUACACACCACUCUGUUUUUAUCCGACAUCAUAGGACCCACAGUGGGGAAAAACCCUUGGAGUGUAAAGAAUGUGCAAAAGCCUUUUACUACAGCUCUUCCUUUACUCGACACAUGAGGAUCCACACUGGCGAGAAGCCCUACGUAUGCAGAGAAUGCGGGAAGGCCUUUACCCAACCUGCAAAUUUUGUUCGUCAUAAUAGGAUCCACACUGGAGAAAAACCAUAUGAGUGCAAACACUGUAAGAAGGCUUUUUGUGACAACUUUGCUUUAACUCAGCACAUGAGAACUCACACUGGAGAGAAACCCUUUGAAUGUGGUGAAUGUGGAAAAACCUUCAGCCACAGUUCCUCCUUCACUCACCAUCGAAAAAUUCAUACCAGAGUUUAAAGGCCUGUGCAGGUUGUUUACAUCAGUCAAUUUUAGUGAACACCUACUGGUGAAAUACCUUUUCUUUUGAAUGUAACCAUUCAGGAAAAACCUUUUGGCGGGUGAAAUAUCUUGCUCAUUAUCUGAGAAUUCAUACUGAAGAGAAACAUAAUUGCCAUCCGUGUGAAAGCUUUUUGUGGCAGGUCAUCUCAAGGGUCAUAUUAGAAAUUGACCCAGCCUAGACCCUUACACUACCCUCGAGAGUCAUCCACGAGUGAGACCCAGUGGUUAUGCAUUUAGGAAAUAUGUCUGCAAGAACUCUUCCUAUAUUUGGGGCACCUGGGUGGCUCAGUGGGUUAAAGCCUCUGCCUUUGUCUCAGGUCAUGAUCCCAGG